GGAGGCUUAUUAUUUAUCUGCGGCUCUAUAGAGGGCCUGAUGACCGUGGCUGGGAGACGCCAUAGCGCCGACGAUCUAAUAGCCACGGUACUGGCUGUUCAACCGACCAAAAUUGUCUACCGGGGCCGGUAUGUUUAG